CUUGACAAUGUGUUUUGUCCACAUACGUGUUCGGCCUUUGCUUAUUUUUAUUAAUUUAUAGAUGGUGAACCAUGUUUAAUCAACUUACGAGCAUAUGUUUACUGUUGUAUUUAAAUGCAGAGGUAUUCUGCUCGAGCUCAGCCAAACAGUGCCCAUCAGAUCAAUACUAUAAUCCAAAGAUUCACAAUUGUACUGAUAAAUAUAUAGGUUGUCCCUCGGGAUACUAUGGAUCAAAUUGCUCGGACUCUUGUCGUUAUCCUAACUAUGGUGUUGAGUGUCAGGAAGAAUGUCUUUGUCCAAAGAAAGUAUGCGAUCACGUCUUUGGAUGUUUAGACUAUGCGUUUGAUGGACAUGGCAUUAUUAAGGAAUUCCAAUUGAUCGUCUGUCUUUUGGUUGGGAUUGGAGUUGUGCUGGUAAUUGCUGUUUUCCUUCUUAACAAUGUAGCAAACAGAAGAUUCUAUGCUAGGCAUAUCAGAGAAAAUGUCCAUUACCUUGGAUCGCUGAUGAAAGAACAUAGCAUAACAACUGAUAUGUAUAAACCCCCCGAGUCAAGUGAAAGUGAGCCUGCCGACAGUGGUGUGAACAUGUUAGCAAUUGCAAGCAUACGCAGAUAUGAAACUGUAAACCUCGAAUAAAUAAUCCGUAAAAGACGUUCAUCAGCGACUUUAUAUCAGUAUCAUAAACACGACAUUGACUUUAAAGAAGCAUUUAAAGGACAGAAUCAAUGUUGAGUGCUUUACCGGCUCUGGGGACAAACGCAAUUUGUAUAUACUAAAUAACGUCAACAUAAAGAUAAAAGAUAAUAUGAAUUUUUCUGUAAUUUGUUUUGCUUGCUUUCUUCAAUGAUUGAGUGUAACUAUGUAUGUAUUUAUAUAUUAACCUUUAACACAACAUUUUCUUGGAUUAAUUUCUGUAAGAACUGCACAUUCUAAUCACAAUUGUUGUAUACAAUCCAUGGAAUGAAUACAUAUGAAUGAAAUGUGUGAUUUCAGCUACACAAUUCUUGUUUUAGUAUCAAUGCUUACCAUUUCUUUGCAAAGGUUUCAUGAACUUGUACAUAUAUAAUGUAAGAUUUAACUUUUUAAAUUGUUAACGCGGUGACAAAUAAAAAAAUUCUAUUAACAGAACAUAAUAAUAUAACAUGAAAAUAAAUCUUUUUUAUGUUCUCAAAUAUACUUUCCUUUUCAACA